GUCGGACCUAUAUUGAACGGGUGAGACGAUUAAGACUAGGAGAAGGAGAUGUCGCAGCUUUGCAAUCAUACUUUUCGAAGAUGCAAUCACAGUGUUCGGGAUUUUAUUUUAGUAUGGAUUUAGAUGAUGAGAGACGCCUAAAGAAUGUAUUUUAGGCGGAUAAUAGGUCUAGACAAGCAUACAAAGAGUUCGGAGAUAUUAUCACGUUUGAUACCACAUAUCUCACGAAUAAGUAUGAUAUGCCUUUCGCACCUUUUGUUAGAGUAAAUCACCACGGACAAUCAACACUGCUUGGUUGUGGUUUGCUGUCCAAUGAGGAUACGAGUACGUUCGUAUGGCUAUUUAGGACAUGGCUCGAGUGCAUACACGGUCGACCUCUCCAUGGUGUUAUUACUGAUCAAGAUAAGGCUAUGCAAAAUGCGAUUGAGAUUGUCUUUCCAAAUGCAAAACACAAAUGGUGUUUAUGGCACAUCAUGAAGAAGUUGCCAGAAAAGUUUGGUUAUCACAGUGAUAAAAGCUCAAUAUUUUCUUGUAUGCAUGGUCUAGUAUAUGAUUCGCAACACGAGGACGAAUUUGAAAAUGGCUGGAUGAAUAUGAUCUGUAGAUUUGACUUACACAAUAAUGAUUGGUUGUUGGGGCUGUAUGAGAACAGGUGUAAAUGGGUACCUUGCUUCUUGAAAAUCACUUUCUGGGCAGGGAUGUCGACGACACAACGAAGUGAAAGUAUGAAUGCGUUCUUCGACGGAUAUGUCCACUCGAAGACCUUUUUAAAACAGUUUGUCGAACAUUAUGAAAGGGCGUUAAGGAAUAAGGCCGAGAAGGAGUUUCAGGCGAAAUUCAAGCCAUACUCACAAAUGGUGCCGUGUGCAACAACAUUUGAAAUGGAGAAGCAAUUUCAGUCUGCUUACACUAUUUCGAAGUUCAAGGAAGUGCAGGAGGAGUUCACAGGAAAGAUGUACUGUGACGUCGCUUCAGUCACAGAAGAGUGUUUUGGGACGACUUACGAGGUUCGGGAGUCUGUGAACUGCCCUGGGGGCAGGAAGAGGAAAACAUACAAUGUCUUGUACCGAAACGACACAUGCGAAGUUAUUUGUAGCUGCCAUUUGUUUGAGUUUCGAUGAAUUAUAUGCAGGCAUGCGAUCACUGUCUUAGACCGUAAUGAUAUCACAAAAAUGCCAGAGAGGUAUGUAGUGCGGAGAUGGCGAAGAGAUGUCACUAGAGCGCAUACAAGGGUUUUUGUGAAGUACGCUGGGUUGGUUAGCACUCUUGAACAAAUGAGAUACGAUGACAUGUGUCAGACAUUUGUUGAGGUGGCAGACCUUGCUUGCACUGACGAAUUGCGAUCGCGUGCGAUUAUGGAUUGGAUACAAUGUCAAGCUGCAGAGUUACGGUCUUUGGAUUCUAGUAGUGGGAGUAAUGUUCUUUCGCAGGCUACUACUCACAUAGCGAGCCAAUGUAAUGAUUCACAAAAUACUGCCGGCACGGGCAUAUUAGAUCCCAAAUUAUCGAAAAGGAAGGGGCACCAAGAAAACUUUGAAAAAAGGGCCCGUUGGAGUCAACUUCGAAAAAAGCGAAGGUUGCUUCGACUACAUGCAAAGGGAAGAGACCGAAGGAUAAUCAUUUUCCCGUGGAAGCCGCUACACCGGUUGUGAAUAUCACUCCAGAAUUUCAAUGUUUGCAACUAAAACCAUUCUCAUAUUCCCAGCUAUUGUUGGGAGAUGCCAUGAGCCAAAUGUUUACCCAACAAUUACCUUCGUCUACUUUGAUCCCCCACAAUUCAAUCUCAAUCCUCGAGUCCGUACUUUGCUCCACCACCUUUUCCGCAGCAAGGUGCUACAUUUAUCGAAACGGCUGAAGUUGGGUUAAAUUCCGAUCAGGUGAAAGUUUUACUUCUUGUUCGUCUCUUGGAAAUGUCUUCACUUCUAGGAUUUUGAUGAAGCUGUCUUCACUUCUAGGAUUUUCAAAACGAUUUGUAGAAUAGCAAUCGGUGAUUUUUACUAUAGUUGACUUCUGAUUCGAAGAAUUUAGACUUGGUAAAUUGGAAAAAAGUCAGUUGGCGCAUUGCACUUGCAUUAGAUGCCACAGCUCUAGCCCAGAAUUUGAUCUGUGUCUUCAUGUCUUCUGUUGACCUUUUGCUUGAAGAAGAUGAUGAGUUUUAUGCCAUCCACGCCUCAAAAAGAAAUGGCCUCCUCAUAUUUUCUUCUUCUGCUGAUUUGACUUGCUUCUUGUCUUUCAAACCUGGGAGUAUGCGAACUAUACUUGCAUUUAAGUCUUGUACCUUGUCGAAAUUGAAUCCCAAAUCCUUAAAUCCUUGAACUUCUUCGAACUCAAGAUCAGUUAAGCUUUUACUCGUCUUAAUUUGACUAGCUGGGUAUUGCUUUUUCAUCUAUUCCAUCCCCUCCAUUUUAAGGUUUUUUAAUCCUGGUUUCUUUCGACCUGGUUGAUUUCUUGGCUGGCUACAACUUUGCGGACCAUAGCCUGUAAUGUAACUAUGUAAGUACUAUAACAUUAGGUCUUGAAUCGAUAGCAAGAAUAUCGGGUUGAAUUCAACAAGAUUAAAGAAGUAAAACCCGUAACUUAGCUGGCUACAACUUUGCUUGAGCUUGUUCUUACCUUUCCAUUGAUGUUGUCUAUAUUAAACCAGAACGCAUAUAUUUCUCACCUUUGGAUAGGGACAGGUUCUUGAUUGAUUCAUAGGUUUGAUCAAAUGAUUUGGAACA